UCUCAACCAAUCACAUCUAGUUUAUUCUUUGCUAUCCCGUAGUGCGCUAAAGUGAAAUUCGUUUUGUCAAAUUGUGACAUUUUGUAAGUAGAACGUGCAUUUUUUUUUCCUCUUCGUCUUUUAAAUAGAAAUUAUACUUUGUUUCAAGAAGAUCACUGCAUUUGUUUAUAUCUCUGGAGUGACAGGUAGAAUAUAGAGACAACCAUGCCAUCUGUCCAAAGAGGAGCCCGUAGGCCUGACCAGCAGUUGUACAUUCCAGGUAGAGGUUUGCUAAGUAAAGGUUCAAAGUCUGAAGAAGUUGUUCCAGUUGCUGAAAAGAAAUCUAAUUUACAAAGUGUCAGUAGUAAGCAAGUCAAUUCUGCCUGUUGUGAAGGUUUCACUGGUGCAAGUAAUUUAAAAAGGCCUUUAAAAACUAGAAGACCAGAUAUUCAAGUUUAUGUUCCUAAAGCUAAACUGUUGGCUUCACGAGUAAAUGAAUUUUCACAUUCCUCAUUGAAUAUCUUAUCUCAGGGAGAAAAAGAAAGUCAAGAGGUGAAGGCAUCGAGUUCUUGCUGUAAUAGUCAAAAUUCACCUGAUGUAAAAAUCAUAAAACAGCACUUAAAAAUAGAAGAUAAUUCUGCUGAUAGUGACAAGCAGUAUGUAGACUUUCCUACUCAGAAAUCAACAUCGUGGGCAGACCACGUCGAAGAAUAUUUAUCUAAUUCAAUUCAAUUGAAUGAAGAGUUGGUAGACGAUUCACUUGAUGCAGACAGAUCUAAAGAAAGUAAUUUGGUGAGCAAUGUUGAUUGUUUGGAAAGUGUUUAUUCGUCUGGAUAUAGUUCAUCAAGCAAUGAAGAUUUAAAGUUUAUGGAACCUAAAACAAGCGAUUUUAAUGAAGUUGAUUCUCCUCACAGUAUUCUAAGACAGAACCAGGAGAACUCUGAAUUUAACUCUUUGGUUCAAGGUAAACAUGAUAUUGAAGAGAUGGUAAAAUCUGAAGGUGGUGUUUGUGAUGAGCAGAUAGCUUUUUUGGAAAAGUUGCUGGCUGGUGAUAAACCAAUUAAAAUUAAGAAAAGCCUUCUAGCUCAAAUACUGCCUUGUGAAGCACCUCUCUUUCCUGUGAGAGUGGAGGAUGAAGAAAAGAUUAGAAGGAGAGAAGAGAUUCUUGAUCGCCAAAUAGCUUUCUUUGACAAGUUGGCAGCUAAGGCUAAAUCGGCUGAGCCUAAGGAAAGAGUUUCUGUUCCAGUAGUGCCUCGUGAAGCACCACUUUUCCCUGGGAGAGAGAAUGGGGAUUUUCCUCAGAUACUUGAAAAACGUGAGCAUAUUGUUGAACAGCAGAUAGACACAUUUGACAAAAUGCUUGUUAAACCUGGAAGUGAAAGGAGUCAGAAGACUAAUGUAUUUCAAAGGCUAGAAAUACCUAACAGUUUUGCUAAUCCUAAAAUGAACACGGUUCCGUAUCAAGAGCUACCCCUCAAUGUACCGUAUACUGAAUUGGAUCACAUCUUUUGUGCACCUGAAGAUUUGAAUUCACAUUAUUCUCCAGCUACUUUGGACAAUGAUUUAUACACUGAAGUAUCUCUACCCUUUAAUGCGCAAUGUACUAAAUUCGAACACACCUUUUGUGCACUUGAAAAUUUGAAUUCAUAUCAUUCUCCAGUUACUUUCAAUGCUGAUUUAUACACUGAAGUAUCUCUACCAUUCAGUGUGUCAUCUUCUGAAUUAGAUCACUCUUUUUGUGCACCCGGAUGUUCAUAUUCACCGGAAUCUCUAGUUUCUUUGGAUGCUGAUUUGUACAUUCCACCACCUCUACCUCUUAAUAGGCCACGUUCUAAAGUAGACCAUAACUUUCCUGCACCUGAAUAUCUGAAGUCUUAUUCGCUUCCUUUGGAUGAUUUUUAUGCGCCGGCACCUCGGCCUCUGACUUAGAAAGUAAAAGGAAAGUUUAUUAGGGAGGGUCAUUUGAAUAAAGGCGAUGAUAAGCACCCCUCAAGAAAAGUCUCAAAGCGCUUCAGUAAGAAGGAGCUCCAAGUACAGUUAUGAAGCUGUUAUCAGAUGGUGUUAUUAUUCUACAUAUAACAGCUGUGGCUUUAAGAUUUGUAUCAAUAACUGAAUGCCCAACAUUAGCAAUAAGUGAUUUGUUAUAAAUUUAAUGUUUGUAUUCGCAGCAUAACUUGCAAUUCUACUUUGUAUUAAAAUAUUGUAAAUCUUUGUAUAUUGAAACAAUAAAAGACUUGAGAGUAU